AUGCCAAAGAAACCUGUAAAGCGGGGAUAUAAGGUGUGGAUGUUGUGUACGAGUUCAGGAUAUUGUCUAAAAUUUGACGUUUAUACCGGAAAGGCUGAAAAAGUUGAAAAGAAUUUGGGCGCUAGAGUGGUGUUAGAUUUCACACAAAAUUUACAAAGUAAAAACUACAAGUUCUACUUCGACAACUAUUUUAAUAGUUAUGUGUUACAACAUGAACUUAAGUUGAGAAAAAUAAUGGCCUGUGGCACAGUAAAUAAUACAAGAAAGUUUUUACCGGAAUUGAAAGAAGAUAACGCAAUGAAAAGAGGUGAUUUUGAUUGGCGCAUGAGUAAUGAGAAUAUAUUAUAUUUGAAGUGGAAGGAUAAUAAGACAGUAUAUUUCUUAUCAAAUAUGCAUAAUCCAAAUGAUGUUGAUAUAGCCCAAAGAAGAAAAAAGGACGGCUCUUUUAUAGACAUACUUUGUCUUAAACUGCUGAAGGACUACAAUUCAAAUAUGAAUUUUGUGGAUAAGUUUGACCAACUAAAAGGAAAUUAUGGUUUAGAUAGGCGGUCUACUAAGUGGUGGCACAGAAUUUUCUUUUCAUUUUUGGACUAUUGCGUCGUCAAUGCUUACAUUGUGCAUAAAGAUCUGGUUGCAUAUAAAAAAUUAGCAGAAAAUACAACAUCAAAAAUUAUGACCCACAAAGACUUCAGGAGAGAAAUAUAUCUGGAACAUAUGAAAGAGCCUGAAACCAGAAAACGAAUAUCAGAAGACCGUCUUCCUAUUACAAUUAAACAGCAUAAACCUUAUGUACCACACUUGGUACGCCUAGAAGGUAAAAAACAUCAAGCAAGGUCCACUACUUCCCGUCGAUGCGCUUUAUGCAGCACAAAAGCAAAACCUGUAAGAACAGCUUGGGAAUGUGACACUUGUAUGUUUCCAUUAUAUAUAAAAUCAACCAAAAAUUGUUUUGCUAAAUUUCAUAAGAAUAAAUAG